AUGAUUGAGGUGCAAAAUGUGCUGAUGCGGUUGAGAGAUCUAGCGAUGCGUUUGUGGGGGUAUGAUGUCUUCUGUGCCACUGGAGAAUUCAGCUACAGUAUCCACUCACGAAAAUACUGUGAAGUAACGAAGAACGCUGUCACGUGUUUUGCUUUUCGAUGA